AUGUCGGUAUCGAAUAAUAAUGAGGAUCUGCGGGCAGCCCUAAAUCGUCGUCUAGCCAAGAGGGCUACGCAUAGGAGCCUCCAAUACCCCAUUCGAGUGGCAAUCAGGAUCGGCGACCAUCAUCGUGUAGGAGGGACGUUGGCUCAGCUGCUAGUCGUAAGGGUGAGGGGGACAUCUAUUGAGCGCGGAGUAGGGGACUGUAGUCAGCGCUCGCCUUCACCAGGGCUAAGGUGGUUUACGAGGUCGCGUGCUAAGGAGGAUGCUAAGGCUCAGGAGGAGGAGGAGGAGAAGGAGAGGCUGCCUGCUGAUAGUGCUGCAACAACACGAGCGUUGAAACCGUGUGAGGAGAAAGUCCCAGUGGGUGGUGUUGUGAAAUCUGUUGAUAAGGACGAGGCUAAGGCAUCGAUCGGUGGCGUGCAUAUGGAGGGGUACCUUUCUAAGUUGAGUUCGGGGACGGUAAAACGGUGGCAGAAAAGGUAUUUUAUAUUGGAUGGGGAAUACUUGGGGUAUCUGAGUGCACCGGGGCCGGCGGAUCUGGCGAAGAAAACGUUUGAUUUGUCUAAGGCGAGUAACGUGGAGAAGGCCGAGUCGGAAGAUCCCAAUAGCGCUGAUUUCAAUCUCAUUUAUAAUGAAAAUGUUUACUAUAUGAGGGCGCCCUCGGUGCCAGAGAUGCGGAAAUGGAUGAAUUCUAUGCAAAUCGUUAUUGCCGCUACGUACGGCGGGAGUCGGCAAGCUGGCACGGAGCCCUCUGAUGUUGACAGGAUGUCUGAUUCGGCACCUAGUUUGGAAGGAUCGUCAGUUGGUGGUGGCAGAAUGAAUUCAACAGCAUCACCUACUAGGAACUCUACAAGGGUACCAUCCACGAUAUGGGAAACGGAUUUCGAGAGGCUCGAUCGGAUGUUCGAGGACUGCUGGUUUGACGUGGUGAACGAAUUGAAGGAGGAGAAGUGUGAUAAAGAGGAGAUGGCCCUGUCUACUAGUAAGAUGAUCGAUGGUGUGACGAAAUGGCUGGACGAACGAGCGCAGUGGAAGAUGCAUGACAGUUUUGGGGAUAUGUCAAACAAGGGGAAAGGGCCGCCUAUGGCGGCGGCGGUGUUGUCGUCGGACUUUCCAGCGCUACUUGAAGCGGUGGCGAGAUUGCGGGCAGAAAUUGAUAAAAUUUUCGGUUUGAAUAGAACCUUAUUACAAGAGGGAGGUGGUAAGAAUGGUACGCGUGAUAGCGUAUCUUUGCGCACGCGGAAGAAAGGAGAAACUAGUGAACAAAAUGGACCGUACCUGGCGUGGCGACAGCAGCUUGAGGCUGUGUUGCAGAGGCUGGGGUCGGAGUUGGAGACUGCUGUUAUUGAAGACAUUGACAAGCAGUUGCAAACUACUAAUGUGUGGGAGCCUAAAUGCCAGAAUUCGCUGGGAGAAGGAGUGCAUGGGCCUAAAUUGUUGUUGGAGCAUGGGCAGUAUUGUCUUACCACGUCGUGGACGCCGCAUCUACUAAGGGCGAUCAAGAGUACUUUGGACGUGCAAGCGACUACGGUCCGAUCGCAUCCGUAUAGUGCUACGGUCAUUACAGAGCACACCAUUAGUGGAAUUGUAGCUGUUAUCAACUGUGCAUGGAGGCUGAUGAAAAAUAGAGUGAGUCGGACCACUUCAGCGAUAAACCAUAAGAAGGGGUUGAAGGGGAAGGCCACAGCGGCUUUGGGGAAAGCAAAACGGUCGGGUCAAAAACACAGCUCUAGCGGUACAGCCUCAGUGGCACCUAGUGGGAGUAGUGUUGUCACUAAUGACGACUCUCCUGGUCAACUGCAGAGGAGUGGGUCUUCGAAAAGCUCGUCGAUUCCGCCGUUGGAGUUUAUGAUAGCGUUCUCGAAUGAGGCGGGGUCUGUGGCUGGUUUUUGCGCAACUACGGCUGAUGAUUUGAAUUCUCGAAGGACGCCGGAAACGCGAGUGUACGGCGCGUGCAUGGCUGGGCAAGCGACUGCAUUUAGUAAUCUCGCACAGGAAACUGGGCAACACAUUGCGGAAGUAUACUUCAAACCUAAAUAUAAGUCGGUCAUUUCUAAGGCAUUCAAUAAGGAUCGACUUCUAGUGAGAGUCGAGACGCCGAUGACCGAGUCCGUCCGGAACGCUGGGGCUUUCGCACAGCAGUUGAAGGAAGAGGGCGCCACUGAGGCUACUAAUGCUUACACGGUUAGAGGAGUUUUGGAUGUCAUCGUGUCGGGGUAUAUAAGAUCGUUAUGUGAAAACAAGCCCAAGCUGGACCGGUUUCCAAAGCUGCCCGAUGUGAUGGCCGCCGAUGAGGCUCUGGUGGUGGACUACUUCACCAACCAUAAAGUGGGAGCAUUGGAACGAACGGAUGUGAAUAAGUGCAUCGAGAUUAAUGCGACAAUACGGUCCUUUUUGACGGACAAUGACAUUAACCUACUUAUGGUACACUAUCUAGAGGUCACUCGGUUGGUGGGAGCAUCCAAGGCAAAUAAGAUUGCGACAGCGGUGGUGUCAAUGACGUCAGCUGAAUGGAAUAAGAAGCAACGAAGUGAUAUUCUUAAACAGUUGACGAAAAACCAAGCAAUAAAUGCAACUCAGAUGUGUAUCGAGAACACUAUGGAGGAUGAGAAGAUCAUGACUACGAAAAUCGCACCGCGAUAUAAACAUGAUGUUAAUGCAGCGGAAUCAGCGGCAGCUCGGGUUCAGCUCAGUGAGCAGGCGGUUGAGGACUUCGAUGAUGAAUGUGAGAAGUACUUGGCCACUCAUCCUGACUUUAUGAGGACAAUGUGGCAAGAUAGGCUGGUACAGAGGCAAACGGGCUUAUUGGAGAAGCACAUGCAAAUGACCCAACGACAACACCAAGAUCUUACUAUGGCCAUCAAACAGGUGUUAUCGAUGCAUGUUGAUGGUUUGACUAAGCAAAUGCAGAGUGAAGAGCAGGAGAAGGAGUAUGCUAGAGAUAGAGCACAGAAAGAGGCUCAGGACAAGCUCGAUCUUGCAUUGACACUGCUGAAUGAGAGGAGUGAGAGGAUUGUGGAGCAGUUGAAGACGGGGGCUAACUUUGAGGCUGCACUCAAGGCUACUGUUGCGGAGAUAGCAAGCUCAAGUCGUCAAAGAGAUGAAGCCAAUAAGGAGAACUGCUGUCAUCAUCAGCAUAAAAAUGGCGCCAGUUCACCAUCGAGCUCGUCGGCAGGUGUUGCUGUGGCUGGGCUGAAGAGCGAGCUGAAGCUGGUUCAGAGGCAACUGGAUGAGGUCGGUGUUGGAGAAGUAUUGACGAAAGCCGUCACCAUGCGGACUGAUGCGGUGCUUCAAGCCGAUAAGGGCCGUCCAUCAGCUGGUGUGGAUGGAGGGGACGAGCGGCCGAGACCACCUGCAGGAAGUAGAGUACAGAUAGGAGGUUAUUAUGAUGGAGUUCGGGCUGAGGUUGAUGCUCUGAUGGCUGAGGCAAGGUCGAUCAAGUGGGCUUUUGAUGGUGACAGGAGUCUCUUGAAAAUGCUGGACUUGGAGAAGGGAACGAUGAAGGGCAAGAAGGAAGCAUCCCCUUUGAUGAGACCCAAGAUGAGGAAACCCCCAGCGAUACCGUACUUUGGUGCGAGAGUUGCCGUCGGGAGCACUUGGGUGAACGAGAGUCCUCAGGGCUUUGCAGCCGCACAGGCUUCUGUUCCUGGCUAUGGUAUAUCAUCGAAGAAACCCGCGUAUUUUGAUAAGUUGAAGGCGACUGAGAGAGUGCUGAGGCCGAAGGUCGCUCGGUCAGAACAGGAUAGGCGAGGCCGUACCGCGAGUGGUGAUCCCACUUUGAAGAGCAUCAGAAAUCGAAUGCGACAACAGCCCAAGGUCACGGCAAAAAGGGAGGUGGAGGGUGCAGUUCGGCGGGCCUCUCCUACGGUGACUGAUAAGGCUGUAUCGACUGCCUCUGUCGUGGAGCAACAGCAGCAUCCAGAGUGGGACGAUACGGUGUUGGGCUGUGAGAUACCUCGCGAGCCGCCGCCUGUGAGGAAGAGAGCACCACCCCCACCACCACGGGAGAAGGUUCGGCGGCAGAAAGGAAAGGUGGGGGCGAGUCGCAAGGCUGUGGGGAAGCGGAAGAUGGCCCCGGGUCCGACUCCAACGGCCAAGUGGGACGCUGUGAACGAUCUUGUUAUGCUCAUACCCCCAGGGGUAGCGGCCCAACCUCGGGUCUCGGGUCUAGGGGCCACAGGGAGCACACUGGCAAGUACAGCUGAGGUGCCUGGGAGGGUCGUUGAAGCUCGAGUAAGGGAGUCGAUGGCAGUACGAAGCGAAGGGGAGUCCUUGGUGGAGCGGCUAAUGGGGAAGUAUGGUGCGGCGAGUAGAGCUGAGGAAUCGGUCUUGAGUGAACUAGUUGAAGAUAUCCUACAAGGAGAGGAGGGCGAUAGGAGUAUUCGAGGGCCCUCUGGUGUUGUCGGGGAGCAUGGAGGGAUCGCUGACCUCGUGCUGGGGGAAGUGGAGGAGUGCCUUCGUGGGAUGGCUCAGCGGAAGCCACCAUCUGCUCUACAUCGAGAGGACAAAAGCGCGCGCUCGGAGCAGGUGGUCGUCGAUCAGGCACGUGGUGUUGAGGCUGGCGUUGAGGCUGUUGCCGAGUCGAGGCAUUCAGGGUUGCAAACUGUCGAGAUUGAGCGGGUGGAGUCUGGAGUGGACCCAUUGCCGGUUUUGGAAGAGCCUCCCGAGGGUAGAAGGGAGGAGGCGCAGAGGAAGGCUCCAGCUGAAACGCACACAACACAGACUGAUGCUAUUGAGUUGCCACUGACUAGAGCAGCUGAAGUUGACGAUGCCGCGGUUUCGGCUCAUAUUGUUACUGCUAGCGAGGGCACUUCUUGCUCCUCCUCACUGAGGGUGUCCAAUACGGAGGUCGUCGAAAGGUGGGUAACUGGUUACAUCGGAGUGCAAGGCGAGUUGGCCGCCGUCAGCGUUGCUACGACUAUGUUGCUUGGUUCGAGUGGGAGUUCAUUGCCUGAUCUGGAUGGGCAGAGGUCGCCAGGUGAGGCUUAA